AUGUCUACGAAUAAUAAAAAUAAACCAGAUAAUAAAUCAAAGACGGGGCAAUAUGAAGGUAAACUUCCAAAUGCCAUUCAAGGACAAGUUGUAACGAGAUUCCCUCCAGAACCUUCAGGAUACUUGCACAUUGGCCAUGCAAAAGCUGCUCUGUUAAAUUAUUAUUAUGCAAAUAAAUAUGAAGGUAAAUUACUGUUGAGAUUUGAUGAUACCAAUCCAGUUUUGGAAAACGAGGAAUUCCAAGAAAGCAUUGAAGCUGAUUUAAAAUUACUUGGAAUUACACCCUUUAAUGUUUCGUUCACUUCAGACCACUUCGACACUAUUAUGAAUUAUUGUGAAGAAAUGUUUAAAUUAGGUAAAGCAUAUGUUGAUGAUACAUGUGUUGAAAUUAUGAGAGAAGAAAGAGGUAAAGGUAUUGAGAGCAAAAAUCGCAAUAAUUCAGUAGAUGAGAAUCUUAGACUUUGGAAAGAAAUGAUAGACGGAACAGAACAUGGACUUAAAUGUUGUGUUAGAGCAAAAAUUGAUAUGCAAUGUAAGAACAAAUGUAUGAGAGAUCCAGUUCUAUACAGAUGUGUGCUUACUCCACAUCACAGAACAGGAACAAAAUACAAAGUCUAUCCAACAUAUGAUUUUGCAUGCCCAAUUGUAGACAGUAUUGAAGGAGUAACACAUGCUCUGAGAACUAAUGAAUACUCUGAUCGAAUUGAACAAUAUAAUUGGGUCAUUAAUGCUUUAGGAUUAAGACCAGUCGAAAUUUAUGAAUUUUCCAGACUUAAUUUUGUCAAUACAGUCCUUUCAAAAAGAAAACUGACUUGGAUUGUUAAUAAUGGAUUGGUAGAAGGAUGGGAUGACCCAAGAUUCCCCACCGUUAGAGGAAUUAUAAGAAGAGGACUUUCUCCUAGUGCUUUAUUACAGUUUGUUACAGAACAAGGGCCAUCUAAAAAUUCCAAUCUUAUGGAAUGGGAUAAACUCUGGACUAUUAAUAAACAACUUAUGGAUCCAAUUGUUCCAAGAUUCUUUGCAGUUGGGCAAAAUGCAGUAGUUUUAAAUCUUAGUGAAGCACCAGAAGAACCAUUAAUUAAUCAACGUGACCUACACCAAAAAAAUCCUGACCUUGGUAAAGGCCAAAUAGUUAUGUAUAAAUCAAUAUUGAUUGACAGGGAUGAUGCCACUCAAAUUGCAUCUGGGGAAGAAAUUACACUUAUGAAAUGGGGGAAUGCAAUAGUAGAGGAUAUCUCGCAAAUAGAUAAACAACCUAUCGGCAUUUUUGAAGGCAAGCUUAAUCUUGAAGGUGACUUUAGAUCUACUAAGAAAAAGAUCCACUGGCUUGCAAACCUACCUUCAGUAUUAACUAAAUGCAUUAUUAGAGAGUAUGACCAUUUAAUUAAUAAAAGAAAGCCAGAUGAUGGUGAUGAAAUACAGGAUCUUGUUAAUACCGACUCUCUUUUCGAAACGCCUGCAUUUUGUGAUCCACUGAUUAAAGAUCUUAAAGCUGGAAAUAGACUUCAACUUGAAAGAAGAGGUUACUUUAUUGUAGAUAAACCAUUCUGCAAUGAUAAACCAGAUGAGCCUAUUAUACUUAUUAAGAUUCCAGAUGGAAAAUCAAAGGCUUCUUCAACGAUCUCAUCCAAAGUUGAUGCUCAAAAAUUGGCAAAAGGAAAGAAUUAG